AUGCACAAUACCACAGGUGAACGCCUCCAACAACAUCAACACCUCUCCUGGAGAAGGGCCUCAGGACUUUAUGCCAACAACAAACAGUUGAUUGGUGAUGCUGCCCAGAACCAGGCCACUAUGAGCCCCCACAAUGUUAUUUUUGAUGCCAAGGUCCAUAUUUCUGAUGCUGAGGUCCAGCCAGACAUCAAGCACUUCCCCUUCACUGUUUUCAACAAGGCUGGUAAGCCUUACAUCCGAUUGGAGCAGAAGGAGUUUUCUCCCAAGGAAAUCUUGUCGAUGGUUCUUCUUAAGAUGAAGGAGACCGCUGAGUCCUACUUGGGCUACAAUAUCGACGACACUGUCAUCACCGUCCCUGCCUACUUUAACGACUCCCAGAGACAGGCUACAAAGGACGCUGGUACUAUCUCUGGAAUGAAUGUUCUUUGUAUCAUCAACAAGCCCACUGCUGCUGCCAUUGCAUACAGUCUCGACAAAAAGGUUGUCGGUGAGCGCAAUGUCCUCAUCUUCGAUCUUGGAGGAGGAACCUUUGAUGUGUCGCUCUUGACCAUCGAGGAGGGUAUAUUCGAGGUGAAGGCCACUGCUGGUGACACUCACUUGGGUGGUGAGGACUUUGGCAACCAACUCAUCAACCACUUCGCACAAGGGUUCAAGCGCAAGCACAAGAAGGGUGAGUGA